AUGGUGAAUCGUUGUUUUUCAGCCAAGGUUUUGUCUGGUUUUCUUAUAAUUCUGCUGGUGAUACAACUACACUUUGAGACUACAACAGGAGCUCGACAUGCACCGGUUGUUUCUUGGUCACCACCUGCGCCACCAAAAGAUGAUUUUGUGUGGUACCACAAGAUUAAUCGCUUCAAGAACAUCGAACAAGAUGCGUUUAGACCAACUCACCAAGGCCCUAGUCAAGGUAUCGGACACAAGAGCCCUCCUGGAGCUUCUUAAAAUACCCAUUUGGUUUUUGAGAAAUUUACCUCUUUGUCACUACUUAGAGUUCGCGUCUGUUUUUGAUAUUUUGUGUGCCGUUAUUAAUUACGUUGGGAGAAAAGAAGAAGAAGAAGUGCUUACUAGUUUCUUGUGGAGAAGGGAUGAACGUGAUUCGAACAAGAAAUUAAUUUCAGAUUUUGUUUUUCAAGUGAUA